AUGAAGUCCCUGGUCCUGCUUUUCCUGCUGUCUGUGGGCGCAGCCACUGCUGCUGUCUCACCCCGAGCCGUAUGGGAGCUUCGCAGCAUGAUCAGAUGCACCAUCCCAGACAGCCAUCCUCUGCUGGAAUUUGCUGACUAUGGCUGCUACUGCGGUUUGGGAGGCAGCGGCACACCAGUGGAUGAGCUUGACAGGUGCUGUCAAGUACACGAUGAGUGCUACUCGCAAGCAAAUAAACUAGAAUCAUGCAGAUUCCUCGUGGACAACCCCUACACGGAGAUGUACAGCUUCAGCUGCUCCAACGGAAAGAUUACGUGUAGCAGCAAAAACAACGAGUGCGAGACGUUCAUCUGCAACUGUGACCGCGCUGCUGCCAUGUGCUUCGCUAAGGCACCCUACAACCCCGAGUACAGCAAGCUGGACACCAAGGAAUACUGCAGCUAG